AUGCUGCUGGUAUAUGAUGCUGCUGAUAGCAGGGUCGACAGUGACGAUGAGAGUGAUGGUGGUUGUAUAGCCGUGCAAGCCAUAAAGAAGAAGCUCUCCGUCGUUGUAUAUUAUAUUAGUCUUGAUAUUGGAUAUAAGAUGUGUCCAUCUUGCAAAAAGAAAAGCAAGGAGAACAGGGAAAAAGCAACGAAAAGGGAGACGAGAGACAAGGGAGGAAAAAAGAAUGUUAUAUCAUAUGCAAAAACCGAAAGCCGAAAAAUAAAACAUGGUACCAACCAAACACAGAUUGCAAAAAUGAAAUAUGAAUUAUUAUUAUUCUUAUUAUGA